AAUUGAAACAUUUUAAUCUCUUGUAUACAUAAAUAAAAAUGUAGUAGUAAAUUGAGAGUUUAUAAGUCGACGAUCUUCUAGUUAUGACCUUGUUCUUUUGAAUUGUUCGGGCUUCAGGAUAAAAAGCGAUCUUUUUAAAGUAAGGACAAAGGGCACAAUUUUUUUCUAAUGAUCUGUCUAUUCUAUUUUCAUAAUAUUGUACAAUGAAGACUCUAUGGCCAAGGACUGAGAAAAGAAUAUGGCGGCUGUCGUGCCAACAGCCGAUAUGAUGAUUCAAAAGAAUUCCCAAAUAUUAGUAAAUGUUGAGGAAGCACUGGUCGAUUUACUAGUUGUGUCGUAUUGUACUGAAGAUAAAAAAUUUCAGGGUGUGCUUUUGGACUCCAGUAAAGGUAAUUUGCCUUUUGGCGUGUAUAGUCUACAUCCAGCUUUUAAUAAAGAGACUGAAUCCACCGAUAAAAAAGAUGAAAAAUUACAUUCCGUUAGUCAAAGAUUUACUUACCAAGAGCCUCAAUAUGGAGAUGAGGAUGGCCAAAAGACAAAGAAACUCGGACCCAAGGGUAAGCCUCAGCCUAGACAAAAGAUGACGGUAAGAUUAAGGCCUAGGAAAGUACUAUGCUCGAAUUGCCAAGGGAUAUGCAACGAAAAUAAUGAAAAUGUGGACGUGUCUAAAAAACGGAAACUAGACAGCAGUGACGACACUCCUCAAAAUGGCUCCGGGCAACAGAAGGUCGAGAAAAAAUAUUUAAUGAACAGCAUGCUAAUACCUAAACUAACAAGGCUUGAGGAAAGUGAACUGAGUGCUUUAAAAACAAGUGAGAAAAAAUUAAAAAGUAUAAAAAGUGAAAAAUCGGAAGUGAGUGAGACUACACGUGAGUUAGCAUUUGUUAGUGUUUCUGAUCAUAAUAAUGUCUGUGAUGAUAGUGAAUUAAAGGAAGAUAAUGACGCGUCAUUUAAUUCAUUGUUCUCCAACGCGCGGACUUUAAAGAUAUGCUUUGGUGAAGGCGAGGGCACUGUGGUCAAAAUUCCUCCACUCACCGGAGACUAUAAUGAAGACUCAGGUGUGUCCUGUGAUAUGGGAAAGCCUGAUUCCAAAGCUGUUAAAAAAGCUUUAAAGAAAGCUAAAAAACAAGCUAAAAAGAUAAAUACCUCAGAUAAAGAUGAAGAAAGCAACACAACUUCCCCAAAACACAUUGGUGCGUUGUCACCUCACAAUAACAUGUCAGAUAACCCAACAUCAGAUCCAUUAGAGAAGAAACACAAGCAUAAAAUAAAACACAAGAAGAAACGUAAAGUGACAAAGAAACGAGAUGAAAACAGUAGCAAAAGUGAUGACAGUAUGGACUAUUUUAGUAAUAUAAAAGAGCACUGCCUGAAACAAAAACUGUCUAUUAGUCUGCGUAGGUUGAGCAGCAAUUCCUAUGAAAAACAAACUGAACAAGAGACUGAUUCUGAGGACCUGGAAAAUGAAACAGUUCCAGAUUUCCCUGCAAACUCAAUGGAAGGUAUCGGAGGAAAGUUAUUAAGGGUAUCACCAGGUGAUAUAGUUUGGGGGAAGGUGGUUGGUUUCCCAUGGUGGCCGGGUAGAGUGCUGAGUGUCACACAAACUUCCAGAGCUCAUGUUUCUUGGUUUGCAUCAAGUUCAUCAUCUUUGAUGCCCUUUGACAGUUUAUGUCCAUUUCUAGAAGAUUAUAAGAUACGAUUCAAUAAAAAGAAAAAAGGUGCAUACAAAGAAGCUGUAAAGGAAGCUACCAUUGAAGCAAGAAGAUUAGAAUCUCAUAUGGACCCAUUGGCCAGCCCGACACACGCUAACCUGACCACAGUCUCCCCACGACCUAUUGAUGUGUUCUCAUAAUUGUGAUUGUAGUCUAUUCUAUAUUCAAUGAAAAGAGUUACAUCUGUUAAGAUGUGACCAUUUUCAUCAGAUAGUAUUUGUAUCCGAAUUUGAAAUUGAUGUGAUAAUUCCGUAGGCACAAGUUAAUUGACCAUUUAAGGUGAGUUUGCAAUGUCAUAGUAUCUGUAUAUUGUUGUCUUUGUUAUUCUCUUUGAAAGAUAUAGAGAUAGCAAUAAUGUGUGUUGACAGUAUAUAUUCACACUUAGGUUAAUUUUCUUAUAUAAAUAUGUGAUUUAAUCAGUGAUAAUGUUUGUCUUUGUCAUCGUCAUAUUAUUUCUGUCGUGUACUACUAACCAUAGGUUUCUGAAACCUAGAUAUCUGUAAAAAAUAUAUCAUCCAAUCCAUCAAUCUUAUGUUUUAAACUAGGAUUUUGGUCUCAGAAACCCAUGGUAAAUGAACCAACAUUUAUUUCCAAAUAAAUUGUCUCGACCAAUCAAAUACUUUGAUGUUGUGCGAGACAGGUAUGAAGUAUUCUGCAUCGGAGAAGUGAGAUGUUUAAAAUAAGGUUCAAUUUCAGUCCCCUUCCCAUUUUAUAGUAGUAAAAGGAUGGGAAAGGAAUGCGAUAAGCAGAAGAGGGAUUAAUUGGAAUCAGAAAUAUCUUUUUUCUGUACAACAUUUCUAUUUUCUACUGUAAAAGUAUGGCAAAAUUUCCUACUGCUUUUAAUUUUAAUGUAAAAGUUUUUUUGAAACCUAUUUACUUUCUUUA